CGCCGCCGCCGCCCGGCGCCGACCUGGGCCCGCUGCGCAAGGCGAAGACGUCUCGCCGCAACGCCUGGGGCAACCUCUCCUAUGCCGACCUCAUCACCAAAGCCAUCGAGAGCUCCCCGGAGAAGCGGCUCACCCUCUCGCAGAUCUACGACUGGAUGGUGCGAUACGUGCCCUACUUUAAGGAUAAAGGCGACAGCAACAGCUCUGCCGGAUGGAAGAACUCCAUCCGGCACAACCUCUCGCUGCACACGCGGUUCAUCCGCGUGCAGAACGAGGGCACUGGCAAGAGCUCCUGGUGGAUGCUGAACCCCGAGGGUGGUAAGACAGGGAAGACGCCCCGCCGGCGGGCAGUCUCCAUGGACAACAACAGCAAGUUCCUGCGGAUCAAGGGGAAGGCCAGCAAGAAGAAGCAGCUGCAGGUGACGCAGGAGCGCGGGGACGACAGCCCUUCGUCGCAGCAGGCCAAGUGGUCGGAGAGCCCGGCUUCGCACGCCAGCGAUGAGUACGACGCCUGGGCCGAGUUCCGGACGCGGGCCAACUCCUCGGCCAGCACGCUGAGCGGGCGCCUCUCGCCCAUCAUGGCCAACCACGAGCCCGAUGACCUGGAGGAGGAUGAUGGCACCCCGUCCUCUCCCCUGAUGUACCCCAGCCCCUCCAGCACCAUGUCUCCCUCCCUGAACGCCCGCUGCUCUGUGGAGCUGCCCCGGCUCACCGAUCUCACUGGCACCAUCAGCCUGAACGAGAGCCUCGGGGAGAGCUUGCUGGAUGACCUGCAGGAUGGCUACAACAUGAGCCCUUCGCAGCAGCUUCCCCCGGCCGCCCUGCGGCAGCGCAGCUCCAGCUUCACCUUCAACUCCAAGUGCUCCACCAUGGGGGCUGCCGCCAACACCUACUGCGGGACUAUCUACAGCCAGCCGGCCAUGAGCCUUAUGCGGCGCCUGCCCAUGCAGACCAUCCAGGAGAACAAGCAAGCUACCUUCUCGCCCGUCAGCUCCUACAGGAAUGCCUCGCUGCAGGACCUGCUCUCCUCCAUCUCCUACGCGCACAAGGAGGGCAUGGUCCAGGGGGACCUGCCCGUGCCGCAGGCCAGCCCCAUGGUGCCGGCCCGCGGCCACAGACAGAACCCGCUCGUGUGCGGGAGCGGGGAGCAGGGCUUGUCCUCCUACCCAGCCCACUCGGCCUCGCUCAUGAAGAGCAACACUUUGUACCACCACCCGUCACCAGCCAGUCACCACCCUGCGGUCAACACCAGUGCCUUAGCUAAUCCUGUCAGCCUUAUGAGCUUGCCCAGUGACACAUGCAGCAUGACAGCCAUGCCGCACCACGGGCAUCUGCAUUCCUACGCUAAUAACCAAGGGGCACACAUGAGCUUGCUGGAUUCGCUGCAGGGCCCCUACCCGGGGGCUGUCCACCCCCCCGUGUUGGGCCAAGACAGGUUCCCAGCAGAUCUGGACCUGGACAUGUUCAACGGGAGCUUGGAGUGUGACGUGGAGUCAAUUAUCCUGAAUGACUUUAUGGACAGCGAUGAGAUGGACUUCAACUUCGACUCGGCUCUUCCACCGCAGAACGCGCUCAACAUGCCCACGCUGCCUGGGGGCCCGCAGCCCACUAAUCAGAGCUGGGUGCCUGGGUGACGUGCGCCCAGACACCACCGAGAAGUCACAAGGGGAACAUUGAGACUAACUUUUUUUUUUCCUUUCUCUUCUGCCUUUAUUUGUUAAGAUGGGCUAGAGCCAUCGGUUUAAACUUGAGAUCAACACUAAACACAAACCAUAGGGUCAAACAUUGCUAGAGGCAUAGGGCCCCCAGGCA